CAUUUCUCCGGGAGAAACUCAGAAACCCUCCCUCCCUACCUCCGUCCCCCAAUCCUCUCUCUCACUUUCUCUGUGUUUCUCAGCCUCUUUUCUCGCUGUCUCUCGUUUUUCAGUCUCCUCUCUCUCCCAUCUGCACUCUGUAGGUAGUCAUUGCUAUGGAAAGGCACAGGAGGCGCACGUCGUCUUGCAGAUACAUUCUACACUCGGACACUUGUUUGCACUCCCCCGGCGUAAAAUAGGAAACCUUAUCGCUCUUGGAAUCUCUCUCUCUCUCUCUCUCUCUCUGUGUCUGGAAUUACACCCCUCACCCAGGCAGGUAGGUUUUCUCUUUUUUGAAGUGUUUUUUUUUUUUUGGUCGGACUAGUUGUAAUUGAAAUUCGACCGAAAAUUCGGUAGAUUAGUUUCGUUCGUGACAUUGUGUUCCAUUGAAUCUACUCUGCUUUCCGCCGCCGUCGCGGACGGCGCCCUCUCCUCUGCUUAGACAGUACAAUCGGGUUGGGUGGGGUGAUAAACAGAACCAUCAUCAUGGAUUCCUCCUACUCUACUCGGCUUUCCGCCGCCGUCGCGGACGGCGCCCUCUCUUCGGCUGCUGCUGUCGCCAGCAAGAAAGCAACCUCAGGAGGAUUAGCAAGAGGGGGCGCGGAGGGGGGAGGCAAAGAGGAGGGGGGAGCUUUGAGGGUGGUGUCGUUGUUGGGAGCGGCCACGGAGAUCAUCUAUCUUCUGGGCGGAGAAAAUCUUCUGGUAGGUCGUUCACACGAGUGCAAGCGACCGGCUUCGGUUCUCAGCUUGCCCUGUGUGUCGAGACCGCCCAAUUUUCUGGCUGCGCGCCAAGCUAGAGCUGCUGGGACUAACACCACAGUUGGGGGGGAAGCUGGGGGCGAUGGUGAUAGGGGGUAUUAUUAUAGUAAUGAACGAUUAGACAAUGGCAGCGGGGAGGCGAUUGAGGAGGCGGCGGGAGAGAGCGCAUACAUCAAUGUGAUGAUGGAUGAAUGGCGGUGCGAUGGAUCGGCGCGGGAGAUGGAGGGUGCGGGGGGAGCGGGGGGGGAUGGAUUGCGCGCGUCCGCGCAAGCGCGAAUGACGGCGCGCAAGGUCGAUCGCAUUUUGCGCGAGAGACUUGAGAAGGGCCUGGCGCGGUAUCAAGUGGACGCGGAGAAGUUGAGACAGCUCCGCCCUGACAUCAUCAUCACACAGGAUCAGUGCAGCGUAUGUGCUGUCACGGUGGAUGACCUGAAUGACGCGUGCGCAAGGUAUUUGAGGGAACAGGGAGGACGCUGCCGUAUCGUCGCGCUGAAGCCGCUCACGGUUGCCGAUGUGUAUUCUAACAUACAGACGAUUGCUGAUGCAAUCGGCCUGACAGAUGAAGGGCACAAUGUUGUGGGGUGGCUUAAGUCUCGAUGGAACAGUGUUCGCCACAACAGUCCUCAGUGGAUGGAUGGUGUUCCUCAAGUAAGCGUCGCAUGCCUUCAAUGGCUGGACCCCCUGAUUGGGGCGGGAUUCUGGGUCCCCGAGAUCGUCUGCUGCGCAGGUGGAACCAACCUGUUUGGUAGUCCGGGUGGCGAGUCUCCCCGGAUAACGUUCGAAGACCUUGAGAAAGUGGAUCCCGACAUGAUUGUUGUCAUGUGCUGUGGGUGGAGCAUUGAUCAGACCGUGAGAGCGAUGGCGUCCCUCGAGAGGAACAAGGGAUGGGACUCGCUGAGGGCAGUGCAGACUCAUCGCGUUUACAUUGCCGAUGGGGACUGCUAUUUUAACACCUCAGGCCCAUCCGUCGUCGAUUCGGCGGAGAUGAUGGCAGAGAUCUUGCACGGGGUGGGCCUUGCAGACGACAAUGGGACUAAACUGAGGCGUUAUGAAGGGUUUGGCUACAUCCGGUGGGUAGGAUCGGCGAAGUUUGCGUCGGUUGUGAGGGGAAGUAAACCGGCGAAUCAGAAGGCGCCGCUCUCAGAGACAGCAGAGCGGGAGCUGCAGGAAAGAUGGAUGGACAGGGAUCGUGGCAGCAGGGAUGAGAUAACGAGGGGUGGAGAGGGUGGGAUGCAGAGAGGAGGGGGAGGGAGGCUACACGAUGAGCAGGAUAGGGUUCAGGAUGAGUACACUGAAGGUGGGCGGUCGUUCAAUGGAGUGACGAAGAGAGGGGGUGCAAACACGUGGAUUGGGGAUCGGGCAGGUGGUGGGGUCAGGCCUCCAGAAGGGGGGGGGUUCUCUGCAGGUGCACGCGUUCAUUCGGGGGGGUAUGUUGUGGAGAGUGACAGUGCAACCGUGGCUGAGAGCGACGCAGCGACAAAUACGACAGGGCCUGGCACAGGAACGGCUACCCCUACUGAGAGUGAUGAUGGCUCUGUUGCGAUUCAUAUUGAAGAGAGGAGAUAUGGUGUCGAACAAGGAAGAUACGGAGUCAGUAGGGGCAUGCCAGCUGCACCGAGGGAAGUGGUGGUAUCCAAGUGGGAUUGGAAAGGAAAGAUGAAAUCAGGCGGAAGCAAGGCUGGGGGAGUGCAGUUGGGGGUGGGAAUGUUCGGUUCUGCAGAUAAGGGAAGUGUCAUGGUCAUGGGGGGUGGUGUUGACGGAACUGCAGGUGGGACAAAUUGGGACUUGAAUGGUGGCGAUGAUGUGCAGGGAAAGUAUGGAGAUACAGCCAGGUGGGAUACUAUGGGCAAAAAGGAAGGGGUUGGAUGGAUGAGGAAGGUUGGGGUAGGUGUACGGAGAGGAAGUGGAAGAGUAGAUAGUGUGGUUAUGGUGGUUGGUGAGCGACCGAAAAGUCGGCGGGAGUUGGAAGCCAGUGCACUGAACAAUCUGUGGUCCUUGACUGAAGCGGCAGCAUCGCGUACAGGAGGCUUGCGAGGUCCAGCAUCGAGUCAUGGUGGGGAUAGUCCCAGGCACUCGUCGCUGAGAAGUUCGAAGGACGGCAUGAAUAGCUUGAGGAGAUCCAGGGACAGCAGCCUGCACACAUCUCAACAAACAGCGGGUGACAGUCGUGCGUUAGAGAACUGCAGGCCUCCGAGUCAGCCUGAACACCUGCCUGAUGAUGAAAGGCUGGGUGCCGAACGCAAGCCGUUGAAUCUGAAGGCAGCAGAAUUACGAGAAAUUAUGGUUGACGUACUGGCUGAAAUGGUUCCUGCUGAUGCGAUCCUGUUGAGUGGCGGGCUCGACACGUGCGUCCUUGCAGAAGCAGGUCGCUUGGCUAUGGCUGCCAGGAGGCAGAAGCUCAAGGAGGCCGGCAGUAGGGAAGCCAUCUCCGCAUCCAGUGAAUGUGCUUUCAAGAUGGGGAUAACGGUGAUUGCAGGGCCCCAUGCCACCGACGGGCCUUAUGCAAGGGAGAUCGCUAAGCGAUGUGAACUCCUUCAUAGUGUUGUGGGUGGCGAGGACAGCUCCAUGACCCCGGCGGAUCUUCUCGAGAAGGAGGUGGAGUUCGUUGUGAGGACGCUUGGGUGCUUUGAUCCUAUGGAAGUAAGGAACAGCAUUGCAGUGGCAGCAGCACUAAAGGAGGCAAAGAGGUUAGCGGUGAAGACAGUGGUUACUGGUGAUGGUGCCGAUGAAGUCUUUGCAGGCUACUCAUUCAUGACUAGCAUGUCUGAAGACAAACUAGACGAGUACAGAGAGCACUUGCGGAAAGUGAUGAGCUUCUCAGCAUGCCCACUCGGUCAAGCCCUUGGAAUCGAGGUGCGGCAACCAUAUCUGCAUCCAAGGGUGAUUGAAUUUGCCAAAACAUGUACAAAAGCCCAUUUAGUAGGAGAGGCAAACAUGGAUGUUCCUGCGCAUAUCGACCGGCCCAAGGAUUCAAUUUAUGGCAAGUUGAUCCUACGGCAAGCCUUCCCCGGUGUGCAUUCAGCUUGGCGACGCAAAGAUCCAAUUGAGGUACCACUUUCUUCUCUUUAAAUCCCCCUUCUCCCCACUUAAAUCCCUUACGUCCUCUGUCUCCUCCCUUCCUUGCUCGUCCUCCUGCCCCCUUUCCGCU